UAUAAAAGCGAAAGAGAUUUUUCGUAAAAAAACGAGGAUUAUCUUCUUAAUUUCCUAAUUUAAAUCCAAAAUUUUUUCCAUUAAUUUCAGUCUCAAUUCUAUUCGUAUCGAGCGGAGGGGGAAUUGAAAUUCGAACCGAUCGAAUCGCCGAUCCGACAUGUCAGCAUCGGGUCGGAGAGACGGUUAGGGUUUCGUUAUGGCGACCGCGGAGCACCGGACUGAGAAUGCUCUCGAAUCUUGAAGAAAAUCCAGAAAUUCUCCGAUCUCGAAUCCAUGGACGUGGACUCAUCGAUGUCGACCGAAUCCGAUCACGAUCAGGUCGCCGUCGCCAACAACCACGAUCCCGCCAUGGAAUCCUCACCGUCGACGUCGUCGCUGGUGUCUGAUGCUCCACAGGCGCAGUCGGCCGCCGUCGCCGGGCCGAGGGCUGCGCCGAGUUACUGGGUGGUGAACGCGGUUAUCGAGAAAGAAAGGAGGACGCCUGGGUCGAGGUGCGGGCACACGUUAACGACCGUUGCUGCCGUCGGGGAGGAGGGGACCGCUGCUUAUGUUGGCCCUCGGCUUAUUUUGUUUGGCGGAGCAACUGCGCUUGAAGGGAAUAACGCAGCACCGCCUUCAUCAGCGGGGAGCGCUGGAAUCCGUUUAGCAGGAGCUACAGCUGAUGUUCAUUGUUAUGAUGUGCUAACAAAUAAGUGGUCAAGGCUCACUCCUCUUGGAGAGCCUCCAUCUCCGAGAGCUGCUCAUGUGGCAACAGCUGUGGGAACAAUGGUUGUAAUUCAGGGUGGAAUCGGUCCAGCUGGUUUGUCUGCAGAGGAUUUGCAUGUUCUGGACUUGACACAACAGAGACCACGUUGGCACAGGGUAGUUGUUCAAGGACCUGGUCCUGGACCCCGGUAUGGUCAUGUGAUGGCUUUGGUGGGCCAGAGGUUUCUAUUAACGAUUGGUGGAAACGAUGGAAAGAGGCCUUUAGCUGAUGUCUGGGCUCUAGAUACUGCUGACAAACCAUACGAGUGGAGGAAGUUGGAACCUGAAGGUGAAGGUCCUCCUCCAUGCAUGUAUGCUACAGCAAGCGCACGUUCUGAUGGUCUGCUUUUGCUUUGUGGAGGAAGGGAUGCAAACAGUGUGCCGCUGGCAAGUGCCUACGGUCUUGCUAAACACAGGGAUGGGCGUUGGGAAUGGGCAAUUGCUCCUGGCGUCUCUCCAUCUCCUAGAUACCAACAUGCUGCUGUUUUUGUAAAUGCACGACUUCAUGUAUCUGGAGGGGCUCUUGGUGGUGGGCGCAUGGUAGAAGAUUCAUCAAGCAUUGCAGUAUUGGAUACUGCUGCUGGAGUUUGGUGUGAUACAAAAUCAGUGGUCACUAGUCCCAGGACAGGGAGAUACAGUGCUGAUGCAGCUGGUGGUGAUGCAUCUGUUGAACUAACACGGCGUUGUAGGCAUGCUGCAGCUGCAGUUGGUGACUUGAUUUUCAUUUAUGGAGGACUACGUGGUGGUGUGCUUCUUGGUGAUCUACUUGUAGCUGAAGAUCUGGCUGCUGCUGAAACAACAAGUGCAGCAUCCCACGCAGCUGCAGCUGCAGCAUCCAGCAUACAACCUGGAAGAUCACCUGGACGGUUCACAACCAACGAUGAGAGAAAUAGGCAAAGUCCUGAAGCAGUUCCUGAUGGUGCAGUUGUUCUUGGAACACCAGUUGCUCCUCCUAUUAAUGGGGAUAUGCAUACUGAUAUAAGCAGUGAAAACGCAAUGCUUCAGGGUCCAAGGAGAUUGAGUAAAGGUGUCGAGUACCUGGUUGAAGCUUCAGCAGCAGAAGCGGAGGCCAUCAGUGCUGCUUUAGCUGCUGCCAAGGCCCGACAAGUUAAUGGGGAGUCCGAACAAUUGCCUGAUCGAGAUGGUGGUGCAGAAGCUAGUCCUACCUCAAAACAGACCCCAUCCCUAAUCAAAGUGCCAGAGACUUCUUUAUCCAAUAGCACUAUGCCACCUGGGGUUCGGCUACAUCAUAGAGCGGUGGUUGUAGCUGCAGAAACAGGGGGUGCUUUAGGAGGAAUGGUACGGCAGCUCUCCAUUGACCAAUUUGAGAAUGAAGGAAGGAGAGUGAGUUAUGGUACACCCGAGAGUGCAACUGCAGCUAGGAAGUUAUUAGACCGGCAAAUGUCAAUCAACAGUGUGCCCAAAAAGGUCAUUGCACAUCUUUUAAAGCCUCGUGGUUGGAAGCCCCCUGUUCGCAGACAAUUCUUCUUAGAUUGCAAUGAAUUAGCAGAUCUGUGUGACAAUGCAGAAAGAAUAUUUUCUAGUGAGCCGAGUGUUUUGCAAAUCAGAGCCCCUGUCAAAAUCUUUGGUGAUCUACAUGGUCAAUUUGGAGAUCUCAUGCGUUUGUUUGAUGAGUAUGGUGCUCCUUCAACAGCUGGGGAUAUAGCUUAUAUUGAUUAUCUCUUCUUGGGAGAUUAUGUGGAUCGCGGUCAGCAUAGUCUGGAAACAAUCUCUCUUCUCCUUGCAUUGAAGGUUGAGUACCCUCAUAAUGUACAUUUAAUUCGUGGAAACCAUGAAGCAGCAGACAUCAAUGCCUUAUUUGGAUUCCGAAUUGAAUGUAUAGAGCGAAUGGGAGAGCGAGAUGGAAUUUGGGCUUGGCAUCGCAUAAAUCGACUAUUCAACUGGCUUCCUUUGGCUGCACUUAUUGAGAAGAAAAUCAUUUGCAUGCAUGGAGGUAUUGGUCGGUCUAUAAAUCAUAUAGAACAGAUAGAGAACCUACAACGUCCAAUUACAAUGGAAGCCGGCUCAGUUGUUCUUAUGGAUCUAUUAUGGUCUGAUCCAACAGAGAAUGACAGUGUUGAAGGCUUAAGACCAAAUGCAAGAGGUCCAGGCUUGGUUACCUUUGGGCCUGACCGAGUCAUGGAGUUCUGCAACAACAAUGAUCUCCAGUUGAUAGUACGUGCACAUGAAUGCGUGAUGGAUGGAUUUGAGCGAUUUGCUCAAGGACAUCUAAUUACUCUUUUCUCUGCCACUAACUAUUGUGGUACUGCGAAUAAUGCAGGUGCUAUUUUAGUUUUGGGAAGGGACCUUGUCGUUGUUCCAAAACUAAUUCAUCCUUUACCCCCAGCCAUUAGUUCACCUGAGGCAUCACCUGAUGGUCACAUUGAUGAUACAUGGAUGCAGGAGCUUAAUGCCAACAGACCACCAACCCCAACAAGAGGUCGCCCUCAAGUAGCAAAUGAUCGAGGUUCUCUUGCUUGGAUAUAGCAACCUUUUCCUAUUGGAUGUUUAUUAUAAUCAAAUUUCAUUUGCAAAUGGUCUGUGAGGCUCCAGCUGGCUUUUCUUGGCGUCCUUUCUCUCGAGAGCAUAAGGAAUCUUAUACUCGAAGAUGAAGAUACAUAUGAUCUGAGGUCAUAAGUCCUGCAACGAGCCAUUAAAUGGAUAUCAUUUGAGGCUGCAAAAGUUUCACGUCAUAUGAAAAAGCUGGUCACUGGAAGCAGAUUGAGUAUUAACUGCAUGGAAAUUUAACCUGCAGUGGGUCUCGGCGGGGGAAGUUCGAUUUUUUUUGUUAUUAUGACAUUUGAGAACAGAAGUCCUUCUGUCAAAUUCACCUGAUUAGUGCCCUCACGAGUUGGCCUCUGUAUAUUCAACCGCUGGCAGAUAGGUUUGUGAUGUAGUUAUGGGCAUUACCCAUUAUGUGGUUAUUAUAUUAGGUUAUUCUUUUCUUUUUAAUUUCCUUUAUUGGGGGUUGGUUACUUUUAGAUGCUCUUCCUUGUGUAGAUGAUAUAUGGGGUCAGGGGUAGCGGUGAUGGGUUCUACGAUCUUAUAUAUGGAUGUUUUGUAUCAUAGAUAUUCCCACCUUCAGCACAUUUUCGGUUGUAAUUUUCUGUUGUGCUGUUGUAUACGAUGUAAGUUUUGAGUGGAAAACAAUUAUGGUUUGAAUUAAUGUUAACCGGAGGGUGUUGGUUUUGUUGUUAAA